AUGAGAGGCAGAGGAAUGGUCCAGGAAAGCAGCCCAGACGCUUUAGCUGCGGCAUCUGCAAUUGGUAAUGCGCUCAGCCAUAAUGGCAGAACGGUUGACAGAAGUAAGAUACCGCAAUAUAACCAAGGUUUUACAUCUCGAACAACUUCAAUCGCAGGAAUCAAUAGGUAUACGACACUUUCGAAUUCUAAAACUAACUCGAGGGCACCUUCAAUGAAUAGCAGUGGACGCUGGUCUUCUAGGCGUACCUCGAGUUUGCCUCAUCGAAGACAUAAGAAUAGCGCUAAUAAUUCGACCCUCAAAAGACAAUACAAAGCCCACGAAGAUGCAGAAACUACCUUUCGAGAGUUUGGAGGCCACCAGUCAUCGAAAAUUUUAAACAUUUCAAAUUCUACAGGUCGAAACAAUAAGUCAACAACUGCACCACCUAGGACUUCAGACAGUGUAGCAAUGAUGGUCAAAAAGUAUAUACCAGGUCCUAGGGGACUAGUUGCUGUAGAAGUACCAGUGCAAGAAGGAGCUCCGACAUAUAGCUUGAGAUUCAGCUCCCACAAUUCGGGUGGUAGAGCGUACUCUUUACCUACUAGCAACAACAAUGUAAGCCAAAUGCAGAGGAAGAAAACUUCUAAUAUAGGGCAGCCGCAGAAAAGAAUAUCAGAACGUGGAGUUAAAUCAAAUGGAAAAUAUUCUAAUAAAAUAUCGCCCAAAGUAAAUACCAGGACAUCAAAAAAGCAACAUAAUGACAAUGUUCCAUUAAUGCAAACAACUAUGAAUGAAGAAACAGAACGGGAAUUGAGAGAAGAUCUUCGUGAUCCUUUCGAAUUUAAACCAAUAACUAUAUCAGAUGACGAAAAAUCUUCUAUUGAAACCGAUCAAUUUGACCGUAGUGUGUAUGAAAAGAGCAAAAUCAAUCCAAGUGAACAUGAGAAAAAGGAAGAGAUUGAACAAUUACUCAAAGAGGUUCAUACUUUAAAAGAAAAAAUAUCACAUAUCGAAGUAGCAAAAUUCAAUGAAGAAGAAAGAGAACAAAGCCUAAUCUUGGAAUUGCAGAAGGUAAAAUUAGAUGAGGAACGUAGGAUGGAGAUACUGAAAAAAGAACUAGAUAUAACCAGGGAGAAUGCCGACCUUGAAGCUGAAGAAUUAAAAUUAAUAGAAAAUAAAAGGAAAGAACACUUACGCAACGAAAAGGAACUAAAAACCAAGAUGAAAUUUACCACAGAUCAUCAAUCUACUUCGUCUGAACCGGAGCCCACUGAAUUGCUUUUGAAAGAAAUGGAAAAAGAAUCAUCAAUUAUCUCAGGUCAAUCUCAGAAGAUCAAAAAUUCAGAGGCCAAGAAUACUCUAGAUGCCGAAAAGAGCUUAUUAAAUCCUAUUCUACUUAACUCUUUCAAAGAUUCUACCUCUCACAUAAACUCAGAAGACGAAACUGGGUGCAGCGAAAAUUCUAACAGUCUUAAUGACAGUGAAUUAUCUGAUUAUAAUUAUAUAGAAGACUCAGCAGCUGAUCUUCGCGCUACUGCAAAGACAAGUGUGGAGUCUGAGAUCAACAGAGAUCAAAUUGGGUUGAAAACCCCCCAAGAUAAGGAUAUAAAAAGACACAAAGAAGACACAAAAGAACAUAUGACAGACCUCGGGAAUAAUAAUGCUGUUUUGAUUGGAAAGGAAGCACAAAAAGAACCUGAAAAAGGAGCCCUUUUUGACAAUGAAUCAAAAAGCUCUGAAACAUACUUAGACACUUCUGGAAUCGAUCAUAUUAAGCUAGAGAAUGAAUAUGUUGUCGCCACUGAUGAAAGUGGACAUCUCGGCAAAAGUUGUCAUUAUGAUAAGAAUGAAGACGAUGAGAGUGAAGACGACGAUGAUGAUGAAGAAGAGUAUCACGACUCUUACGACGUGAUAGUUCAUGAACCCAUUCAAAUAGAACAGACAUUAACUAUUGGUUCUUCUUUAAAAUGCCCUUCGAACUACUCCAACGAGUUGGAAAGUAAAGAAAAUAACGAACAGAACUCUGAUACAUCAGAAUCUGGCCAGUCUGGAACGAACAUGGCUAAAUAUUUACGUAGUGCUAAUCCUUACCUUAUUAGCACAAGUUCAGAUACUCUUGGUUUAGAUUCGGAAAACGUAAACUCGAAAUCUUCUACUGAAACCACUAGAAUUCCACCUGACAUUUUUAAAGGCUCAUCACAACCAUCAUUUAAAUCUGAUUCAAGAGCUUUUUCAUCAAGUACAUCCUCUUCUAUUUAUUCAGUCGAUACAUCUCAAAAUAGUGCUACUCAUACAGUACCUACGAGAGCUUCCAAUACGAGAACAAACAGUGAUACUCUACCAAGGAAUACCACAGUGCAGAAAUAUAAUCAAUCGAGCUCUAGACAAAUCCCUGUAAUGUCACCCAGGCGUUUGGAGGAUAAAAAGAAAAAUUCCUAUCCCUUGCGCGUCAGGACAUUACGUGGUAGUUCCAACGAAGCUCCUCCAUCAAAUUUACCACCUAAUCCGUCCUUAUCCCCUUCACUUCCUAACGCACAACCGACAAUGGCUCUCGUUUCUGGGGGUCUCGGUUUACACGAGAGUUCCAAAGGUUAUGUAAGUGCUUCUAAGGUAAGCAAAGAUCCAACACAACUGCCCAGUCAAGUCCCUUUGAAUAUAGAUGAAAAAAAUAGCGUUCUUUACCACAAGGAACCUCCAGCUAAGAAGUCUAGUUUUGAGAAAGAAAGGCCCGUGAGAGAUAAUCUGGGAUUUAGAACCAUGUCUUUGAGGGAGCCACUUGCGACAAAGAAUACUCAAAUUACAGGUGUUGCAAGUUUAAAGGCCGAAGAAAAGAUGAACAAAAGAGGUCACGUUUCGAGAAAAUCAUGGACUUUUGGUUUGACUUCUCCGCUGAAGGCAAAAACAAAUCAUUCUGUUCAUCUUUCUAACGAAACAGAGAAGAUAAUUGGUUCAAUCUCGGGCUCUAAACAUGAGCCCAAAGACAAUGAUGCACAGAGAUUAGCCCAUAUUGAGGACUGUAAAAAUCAAGAUUUGCCUCUUUACACCGCAUCGUAUAUGAAUAAUAACGAGAACGUAAGUGAAUCCGGUACAGAAGGCCAUCGAUUUUCAUUGUUCAAGAAUAGAAGCCAGUUGUCGAAUAGGAACAUAUCUGGUGGAACAACUGCUUUGAGCUCAACAAAUUCUGAGCUUUCUACGGUUCUUCCAUUAAGCGUUCCAGUGACUAUAAUUGAAAAGAAUGGAGAAAUACACAAACUUCAUAAUGACGAUACUGUCAUGAAAGAUAAAUCACAUCAUCACGGUAAUCAUAGUAAAUUAGGCAGAAAGCUCAAGAAAAUCUUUGGCAGAAAAUGA